AGUUGAUCUGGUGCUGGUGAUUUUGGAUGCAUUUCACAGUCGUGAUCCAUCUCUAAACAUCCGAGGAGACUGUAAACUCCAAACUGGUCGGUAUUUGGAGAGUUGUCGAGAUGAUGAUUCGGGCAUGACAGAAACACAACCAGAGGGCAGACGUCAUUCACUGCCGGUCGGGGAUUUCGGCGCAGCUUCGACUUCAUCAUCACAACAACCUCAGCAAUAUUGCCAUCAUCUUAUAAGUCGUCUCUUCAGUGCUAGUGUGGAUUAAAAAUUGAGGGUUUAUCUAUACUAUAUACUUUUUCACUCCGAACCUCUUCAUGAAUGGUCUCCGGAUUCUGUCACGCUGUAGCCAACUUGACACCAUAACACUUCCUCGUCUUCCAUCCUCAAAAUACCUAGCUAUCGUACCAUCUACUGCCAUUACUAUCACACGCCAGAUGAGCUCAAAGACUAAGGAUUCUGUGCCUCACGAAGUGCGCACGGCGGCAGAACCCCGGCAAAAUCGACUAUACAAUGUCCGGCUGUCGCACAUCGAGCAGGUCACUGCUUCGGUCCGACUGCUACAAUUAACAAUCCCUCCUCAUGUGCAGAGUCUAGAGGCCCAGAAUCGAGAAAGUGGUGAUCCAAAUCAUCCACAACCACUUACUUUUCUCCCGGGUCAAUGGUUAGAUGUCCAUAUCCCCUCCAUCUCCAACGCUGGAGGGUUCAGCAUCACUUCCACGCCGGCCGAUGCCCAGGUACUGCCAUCUCCGGAGCCUCCCACCGUAGGUGGCUCCGUGGAGGAAACGGGUCUUCCACCUCUAGACCCUCGAGGCAGAGCGCCCUAUAUUGAACUAGCUGUGCAGUAUGCGCCUUCCAAUCCUGCAAGCGCAUGGCUCUGGAAAAACGAAGAGGAUAUCUUGGGCAAAGAACUGAGCAUUCGGGUCGGGGGCAGUUUCGUCUGGCCACCGUCGAAGGUCGAGCCGGCAUCAAUAAAGAAUAUAGUCCUCAUUGCCGGGGGCGUAGGCAUCAAUCCUUUGAUAUCCAUCCUCUCCCAUCUAAACAAUAACAACGAAACAACCAACACCCUCUAUCACCCAUCUCACAUCCACAUUCUCUAUUCCACACGACUCCCUAAUACAAACAACGCCCCUGGAGCAUCAUCUGAGUCUGCCUUGGACCGAAUUCUCUUCGUGCCCCGCCUGCGUCAGAUCAUCCAGUGCCAAUCCCAGUCUCAUCGACUACAGAUUUCCCUGGACCUUUUCAUCACUAACUUACCCGACAACUCACAUCUGCCGACUGCAUCGCCUUCAGAAUUAAAAAUUCACUCCAAACGGAUUGCCCAAGACGACAUACAAAAAGCCAUCGCUGGAGCGGAUAAUACUCUGCAGCCCGAUGAAACUGUGUGUUACUUGUGUGGACCGCCAAAAAUGACAGAUGAAAUGGUAGGUGGACUAAGAGAGUUACUUGGUGAGGAUCGUGUUUUCUUCGAGAAAUGGUGGUGAUUUCCAGAUUUAGUGUUCGUAAUGUAGUAAACAUUCAUAAAAGUCGCUUUACUUUAAUAUGUCGGUGAAUGGCGUCUGGGUUGAAACUUGACAGCCAUUUUGACUCGAUUCUUUGUACAAGACGCAAAGGAAAUAGCGACAGUUAGCGCACCCAAGUAGGAUGGGAAUAAAGUAUGAUCAUAUAAAAAGGUCCAACAUCAUGGUGCCGAAACAGUAUAAUACAAGUCCAGUUUUAGAAAACGCCGCCCUCCUCCCAGCCCUAGUUGUGUUCUUCAGGCCCUUUAACGACGCCGCCAUCAACGAUCAUCAUCUCGUCAAUCUUCGCUUCGGUUUCACCCCAUUCAAGCCGCUUGUAUGUGACAACCCGGCCUGGGUUCAUGUCAAAAUCAUAGAAUCGCACACGUCGGAC